GCCAAACCUCUGCUUUCGGGUGAGGGGAAAAGAGCAGAGGGGGGCUGGAAAGAGGAUCCCCCCCCCUUUCAAUUCAUUGGCCUCUCUGACAGACUUCACCAGAGCUGAACGCCGACAAAAUGAGAAGACACUGUUCCCAUUAAGCUGGAAAAACUGAAGGAAGUUUGCACUAAAGUCACAAAGGAGACCCAUGAAUCCAUUUCAAGCUGGUCUUCUGUGUGCUGUUCAGUCUAUAAACAGAUCUCUCUGAACAGUACUUCAAACUUUGGUACUGAGGAACAUUUCUUAUCCAGGACAGUGUUAGCCAAGGCCUGCUAAAAGCAGGAUACUGGAUACUGGAUUUGGCCAGGCUGUGUGCUGUUUCACCUGCGAAGUCUCCUGGAAUCUAAACAAUCUUGAUUCCUGUCCCGGCUGCAACACCCUGGCUACAUGCUGGAAUUCUUGAAUAGCAGGAAACCGGGGCUUGGCUUGUUUGUGCUAGGAAUCUGUGGACGCUGCAGAACAAAAUAAUCUUGGACUCACAAGGCCCAAAACUUGUACAAUUAAAAAGGGGGAAGUUGCAGGAAUUGAAAGGCAAACAGAGAAAAAAUGUUGCCAGGGCCUAUCUUGGGUCUUUUCUUGGCUAUGCUGAGCAUCCCAAGAACUACUGGUACGCUGUCCUGCAUUUGUGAGAAUCAAGGGUGUGCAUACAACACUUGCUCAGGAGAGGCAUGUUUUGUAAGCAAACAUCUGGAGGAAGGUGUCCUCAUCACCAGGAAAGGAUGCAUAGACCCCAGGUCUCUGAAUUGUCUAGGCGACAUCACAGAGAACUAUGGCACAAUAUGCUGCUUGUCCAAAAUGUGCAACAUGAAUCUCGAUGUCCAGCUGGCAGAGAAAGAACUGUCAGAAAAUGCCCAAUCCCAUCAGAAACUUCUCCUGCUUAUUCUGGUUCCACUGUUUGGCACUUUGAUCCUUGGUUUAUUGAUUGGGCUGUUUGUAUGGAAAGUGGUCCAGAGUCGCCGGAGACAAAUCCUUCUAGAGUCAGAUGAAUGGAGGGACAUGGAGGACUCCAUAUUAAAGGCAUCUGUGACUGGUGACAGUACCUUGGAAGGCUGGAUGAAUGAUGACUGCACCACUGGCAGUGGCUCUGGACUUCCCUUCCUUGUCCAAAGAACGGUUGCUCGGCAGAUUACUCUGGUUGAAUGUGUAGGCAAAGGGCGCUACGGGGAGGUAUGGCGUGGUUCUUGGCAUGGAGAGAAUGUGGCUGUCAAAAUCUUCUCUUCCCGGGAUGAACAGUCGUGGUUCCGUGAGACAGAGAUCUACAACACAGUGCUGCUGAGGCAUGACAACAUCUUAGGGUUCAUUGCUUCUGACAUGACUUCAAGGAACUCGAGCACACAGCUGUGGCUGAUCACUCAUUACCACGAGCACGGCUCCCUUUAUGACUACCUGCAGUGCACCAUUCUGGAUGUGGAGACCUGCCUGCGCUUGGCCUCCUCUAUUAUCUGUGGACUUGUUCAUCUACACGUGGAGAUCUUUGGCACGCAGGGCAAGCCAGCUAUCGCUCAUCGUGACCUGAAGAGCAGAAACAUCCUGGUCAAGAAAAAUAUACAGUGCUGCAUUGCUGACCUGGGUUUGGCAGUCAUGCAUUCCCAGAGCAAUGACUACUUGGACAUUGGAAAUAACCCACGGGUAGGAACCAAAAGAUACAUGGCGCCUGAAGUUUUAGAUGAACAGAUCCGUAUGGACUUUUUUGAAUCCUUCAAGCAGACAGACAUCUGGGCAUACGGUCUGGUCCUAUGGGAGAUAGCCCGGAGAACAGUUGUUAACGGGAUUGUCGAAGAUUACAAACCUCCCUUCUUUGACAUGGUGCCCAUUGACCCCAGCUUCGAAGAAAUGAAGAAAGUGGUUUGUGUUGACCAGCAGACACCCACCAUCCCAAAUCGAUUGUACUCUGACCCGACUUUGUCUGCCCUGGCUAAGAUCAUGAAGGAAUGCUGGUACCAGAGCCCCUCAGCCAGACUUACAGCUUUGAGGAUUAAAAAGACACUGAAAAAGCACAGUGAUUCCUUCGACAAACCCAAACAACACUUCUGACUGCAGUCACGGCCUCUGGGACCAGGGAUCAGAUUUCUGGCUGGUUGGCCCAGCAAAAAGUUCAAGGUCACUCCUUCACUUCUCAGUGCAGGUCCCUGGCCUGUGUCAGUGGUUACAGCAAACCAUGUUUGAAAUCUAGCCAAGAAGAUUUGGGGCAGGGGCCUCAUGUCAGGGAGUGAUCCUUUGCAGGAGAAGAAUCACAGAACAGAUGACAGCCAUGUAUUUCUGCUUCAGGCAUCUUUAAUUUAUUUUCUUUAACAAGGGGGGAGGGGAAACACCACCCACCUCUCCCAGCACAUACAUUAAUAUAAAUACCCUCCAGAUCUGUAACCUGACGCCAGCCCGUCUCGCCACCAACGCCUGCAAUAUGGGAGGGAUCGUACUUGGGAAAAGCACAGCCGCUCUGCCCAAAGGGGUGCUUCCUUGGAAACACCAAGCCAGGACCAUUCAUAAGCCAACUUUUAAAUAGAACCUGUGCAAUUUAUGUGCAUCUGUGUAGAUCUAUAAUAUUUGUGUGUGUGCGUAUGUUCAUGUGCACACAUGCAUGCAUAGAGGAGAAAGCAAGAGAACAGAUGUAAGGGGAAGUGCUCACAAAAGGGAGAUACAAUUAACAAAGACGGUCUGAUUUCCUGCUUGUCAUGUCUGGUGUUUCUUUGAUACGUGAUUGGUGACGUGUACACACACCGGUGAAUACUUAUGUGGAAUACCUCACUACAUUCACUUCUGAUUUCUUCCACAUUUUAUUAUCCAUUUGAAGACUGGUUAAAUCUGUGAGUUCUGUUCUCAGGGCCUCUCUGUUCUCCUGACAGUGGGCAAAAAGUGCCCCCCCCCCAAAAAAAUGCCUGCAUGAAACAGACCUAAGAAACAUGCAGUCCCCAUGCAGACAUCAUAUGCAACUCCUGUUUGUUUUCUUUCACCAUAGUUAGGUGGCAUAGCUGAAUUCCUGAACCAUGAUUAACUAUUGGACAGGAUGUAGAACCCUGGCAACUAACAGUUUUGCAAGCCUGGCUUGCAUUAAAUAUGUGCCAUGCAAAUCACAAGUAAGGCUUUUUCUACUGCUGGCUGUUGUGGGUUUUCCAGGCUAUGUGGCUGUGGGUCUGGUAGUUUUUGCUCCUAACGUUUUGCCCGCUCCUAAGGCUAGCAUCUUCAGACAAGUCAUGGUAAGAUGUGUUUCUGUCCUUGCCUCUCUUGCCUUCCUUGCCUCUCUGCUUCAUGUUCUCUUAUUGACAAGUUCAACCAUGACUUCACUGUACGUUUGAGAUGUGGUAGAAUUAAGGGAACAAAACGUUGUUAGUGUUAAUCAAACUGUCUGCUUGGGGCUUCAGUCAGGCUGUUGUGGUAUUACUUGCAGGGCAGCCCUUUUUGAUGUGACUCGAGGUUGUAUGAGGCAAACGUUCAUGAACAGCGCCCAUAAACAUCUGAACCCAGAAGAGACUUUUUAAUAGAGAGUUUCAACAGAUGCUAGAAGAAGCUAAUAAAACCUGUUCCCCGAUCUCUCUGGGAAUACCUGUGGAUAGAUUAAUUGUAGCCCGGUACCUUUAUCUCCUGGUUGAGGC